CAGAAACACUAAAAACACUCUCACCCCCACUCAUGGCGCUCUAGAUUCUCCAGAAUCUCAAAUCUUUAUUAUCGUCUCCAUCAAUGGCUCUCCCUCAGCUCAUUCCCUCUCCUUCUUCUUCUUCCUCUCUCCAUCCUAAACCCUCCUUCGCUCCCUAUCCCCUAAACCCUAACCCUAAUUUCGUCCCUUCCUCCCCCCUCCGCCGCCGCCGCCACCGCCACCGCUCAUCCUCCCUAAAAUGCUCUGAUUCUUCCUUCUCUGAGCGCCACCACACGAACUCGAAGUCCGACGACGUCGUCGAGCUCCCGCUGUUCCCGUUGCCGCUGGUUUUGUUUCCCGGCGCGAUUCUCCCGCUGCAGAUCUUCGAGUUCCGGUACCGGAUGAUGAUGCACUCGCUCCUCCAGACCGAUCUCCGGUUCGGCGUCAUCUACAGCGACGCCGUCUCCGGCACCGCCGACGUCGGCUGCGUCGGCGAGGUCGUGAAGCACGAGCGCCUCGUCGACGAUCGGUUCUUCCUGAUUUGUAAAGGCCAGGAGCGGUUUAGGGUUACGGAUUUGGUCCGGACCAAGCCGUAUCUGGUGGGGGAGGUCACGUGGCUCGAGGACCGGCCCUCCGGCGAGGAGGACCUGGACACAUUGGCGACGGAGGUGGAGUCCUACAUGAAGGACGUGAUUCGGCUCUCGAACCGGCUCGGCGGCAAGCCGGAGAAGGAGGUGCAGGACCUGCGGCGGAACCUAUUUCCGACGCCGUUUUCGUUCUUCGUCGGCAGCACUUUCGAAGGCGCGCCGAGGGAGCAGCAGGCCUUGCUGGAGCUGGAGGACACGGCGGCGAGGCUCAAGAGGGAGAAGGAGACUCUGAGGAACACGCUCAAUUACUUAACGGCGGCCUCCGCCGUUAAAGACGUGUUCCCGUCGUCGUCGUCAUCGUCUUCGUGAUCGGAUCAAGUCUCCGGUGUGAUGUUUAUUGAGGUAUCAAUGAUCAAAAGCCCAACUUAAUGAUCAAAAGCUCAACUGUUGCUCUAGGAUUUUUAGAUAUAUUAUUGAUUAGAUGUUUGGCCUAUACAAGUUGAAUUUGCACAUAUAUUUGAAACUCUAUUGGAAUGUUUGUGUUGAACAAAGUCGAAUUGAUAAGGCCCUGGUCUGGAAAGUCCUAUACCUACCAGGUUUCCUAAUAUUGCUAUGAUUCAAAUC